AUGUCUGAAAGCUUCUGCUUUAUAAUUGCUGGCCACCUUGAUAAUCCAGUUUUUAAAAUGGAGUUUUUGCCACCUGGAAAAGCAGAAUCCAGCGAUGAUCAUUGUCAUCUGAACUGGCUCAUCACUCACACUGCCCUCAGCCCCAUAGCUGAGAACAUGCGGCUGCCCAACCAUACAGACGGGCAUGCUUUGGACCAAUUCAAGGACUGGUUUGUUUCAUUAUUUGUUUGUGCAGGUCACGUGCGAUUUCUUCGGCUUCCUGAGAGAAGGAAAGAAGAUGGAAUAAAGAACUUCUUUAUUGAUGACUGUGAUUUAUACAUAAAGUUUGCAAUGAAUCCAUGUUACGAACCCAAUUCUCCUGUUUGA